GUCAGAAACAGAGUUAAGCUCAGUAGCCACCAGGGUGACGGAGUGGAGAGAAGCUCCCAGGAUGGAGGGAAAACAAACACAGCUGGGACCAACUCAACUUCUCAACCUGGGAGUGUGCUGAGGUUUCUGAAACUACCAUCCCUUGAAAAGGAGAAAGACUCCUUUUCCUGCUUGCUGGCCUUGGUUUCCUUCCAUAAUGGAAGUGUUUUCAAACUGGAAUAUGAACACUCCUGAUAACUGACAAUAUUUGUCAAGGGGUAUUUUACUGAUGGUGCGUACUUAAGCCGCAAGUUUUUCCCUGCAAAACUGAAAAUUUUAUGAUUUGGUUAAGCUGCUGCUCAGAGGGCAAACUAGCUGGCAACAAGAACAAGCCUACUGGUGUGAGCAUUGCAAUCAACUGAACAACACAUGGAGUGUCUCUUGAGGUCUGCCAAUGUUUACCUGGAGUGCAAAGUGUGAUUCUAAUUGUAUGCAGAAAAACUGAAGAGGAGUGUGUGUGGAGGUCACAGAGCUGGAUUUCCUAGAGAUGGAAGGUCAUGGAUAUGACCGCUUUGGAGAGAGUGACAGGGACAAUUACCAGAUUGAUUACAGAAGAAUUGUAGGAGACAUGGAACCAGCACGGCCUCGCGUCUCAAACAGAGAUGGGGAGCAGUCUCAACACUCUUUUUUGACUCAUGCAUACCCGCCGUCAUAUGGACAUGGACAUGAGACUGCAGCCCAGAGGUACAGCGCCACACGAAUCCAGGCUGGAUAUGAACCAGAAAGCAUGGCCGACUACUUGAUCAGUGGAGGAACAGGUUAUGUUCCAGAGGAUGGACUCACAGCACAACAACUGUUUGCUAUUGGAGAUGGGCUGACUUACAAUGAUUUCCUUAUCCUCCCUGGUUUCAUAGAUUUCACAUCUGAUGAGGUGGACCUGACGUCUGCACUAACAAGAAAGAUCACUCUGAAGACUCCACUCAUUUCAUCACCCAUGGAUACAGUCACAGAGUCAUCCAUGGCUAUCACCAUGGCACUGAUGGGAGGGAUUGGAAUAAUCCAUCACAACUGCACUGCUGAAUUCCAGGCCAAUGAGGUGCGAAGAGUCAAGAAAUUUGAGCAAGGUUUCAUCACAGACCCAGUGGUAAUGAGCCCACAUCACACAGUGGGUGACGUGUUUGAAGCUAAGAGACGCCAUGGUUUCUCUGGGAUCCCAGUGACUGAAACAGGCAAGAUGGGCAGUAAGCUGGUUGGCAUUGUGGCCUCCAGGGAUAUUGACUUUUUGUCCGAGAAGGAUUAUGAGAAACUUCUGGAAGAGGCCAUGACAAAAAGGGAAGACCUAGUUGUUGCACCAGCUGGAGUCACGCUAAAAGAAGCUAACGACAUACUGCAGCGAAGCAAGAAAGGAAAGCUCCCCAUUGUGAAUGACAACGACGAGCUUGUUUCCAUCAUAGCAAGAACUGACCUGAAGAAAAACAGAGAUUAUCCUCUGGCUUCCAAGGACUCGCGCAAACAACUGCUGUGUGGGGCUGCUAUUGGUACCAGGGAGGACGACAAAUACAGACUGGACCUCCUCAUGCAGGCUGGAGUGGAUGUGGUGGUUCUGGACUCGUCUCAAGGAAACUCAGUUUAUCAGAUCAACAUGAUAAACUACAUUAAACAGAAGUAUCCCGAUCUACAAGUGAUUGGAGGAAAUGUGGUGACAGCUGCACAGGCUAAAAACCUCAUAGAUGCUGGUGUGGAUGCGUUGAGGGUUGGGAUGGGCUGUGGUUCUAUCUGCAUUACCCAGGAAGUGAUGGCAUGUGGACGACCUCAAGGAACAUCUGUUUAUAAAGUUGCAGAAUAUGCCCGGCGUUUCGGAGUACCGGUAAUCGCGGAUGGAGGCAUUCAGACAGUGGGGCAUGUGGUGAAAGCUCUUGCCCUAGGAGCUUCAUCAGUGAUGAUGGGGUCUUUGCUCGCUGCAACCACUGAGGCUCCUGGAGAAUAUUUCUUUUCAGAUGGUGUGCGUCUGAAGAAAUACAGAGGAAUGGGCUCCUUGGAUGCAAUGGAGAAGAAUAACAGUCAAAAGCGUUACUUUAGUGAGGGAGAUAAGGUGAAAGUAGCUCAAGGGGUCUCAGGAUCAGUUCAAGAUAAAGGUUCUGUCCAAAAGUUUGUUCCUUACCUCAUUUCUGGGAUACAACAUGGCUGCCAGGACAUUGGAGCCAGAAGUUUGUCGAUUUUAAGGUCAAUGAUGUAUUCAGGAGAGUUGAAGUUUGAGAAGAGAACCAUGUCUGCUCAGAUGGAGGGAGGAGUUCAUGGCCUCCACUCAUAUUCUUUUUUGCCAUUUACAAGAAGUGGCUUCAAUGAGGCAGGAGGACGAGGAAGUAUGCGAUCAGGACCAAAUGUCCCGACCCCAGCUGCAGUGAGCCGAUGCAAUGGACUCAUGUGAAUAGAGAGUUGACAUCAAGAUGAUAGAGUAUAUUUGAAAAUAUCUUUCUUUGAGUUAAAUCAGGAUAAACAGCAAGAUCAUAGAUGACAAAAAGUCAAACUACUGGACACAUGGAUCAUCUGAUGAACUCUUUUCUUUUUUUCAUGUUUUUGCAACGAUGGAGGGCUGAAAAAGUUGUAAAGAAGACAUAUUUUAAUCAAUAGGCACAUUUUGAAUUUGAAAUACAAGAGGCUCUUCUCAUUUGAAUUUAAUUUAAUAGAAAUCUGUGUAUAUUUUUUGUAGAAAAAUACCAAAGCAUUUUAUUUCACAGAGUUCAAAUAUACACCUUUGUAAGAAAGUGUUUUCAAGGCAAAAUAAUUGGUAGUCUCACUUUUAUGUCAUUCCUGAUGUCCUUGAUUUGUACCUUACGUUGUCUAUCUUCUACAAAAGUGUUUAUUAUUAGCAUGACAAUGACUUGGUACUUUGUCUGUUCAAGCCCACCAUUAAAAAAGAAAGUACCUACUGAC